GUCUCUACACAGCCGAUGGGAUGCCCCUGACGGAUGAUCCCUUCUUCAACAUGUGGUCUUUGAGAGACAGACACAUCCAAAAUGGUGACACAGUCUAUGCCAUAUUUACUCCAAAGGAGAACCUACGACAGGCUCCUGAAAUGCAAAAGCAACAGCCCUGUGAAACGAACGGAACAAAAGGCAUUCGGUGCCACAUAAUGCUCAAGGGCUAUUUUGAGGUACUUGUGGAUUUGGAAAGUGACACAAUGGCAACCCUGAGACACAAGCUGUCAGAUACAAGUGGUAUCCCAGCACAUGUCCUUCAUCACAGAGGGGAUUACUCCAUGAGCGACACACUGCAGAGGUGUGGAAUAUCGGAAGGGUCAACUGUUUCCUUCAGUUUGUCGUCUUUUUCCGAAGAAACCUCACAUGAUGAGACGUUCUACUUUAACGAUGUUGUGCCUUCAGUGUCACAAACCCUAAAAGGCAUCAGUGUAUUCUUCUCAUCUCUUCAUACUAUUGCAACACAUACAGAUGUACCCCGCAAAACGUUGCUUGCCUACUUACGAAAACUGACUGGAUGUAACCCGCUCGCCCAGAGUUUGCAUCAACUGUGCAGAAAUGAAAGAAUAACCAGAAACCAGAAAAUUGCAUUGGUGGAGGGCUUGUACAUGCUCUUCAGACAGCUUUUACCCAAGCAAGAAUCGCAGCGAGGGGAAAAAUCCAUAGAGGACCAGGAUGUUUUUGAGAACUCCUUGUACUGCUGGGCUCAUCUCAUCAACAAAGCAAAAGACCAGACACCUGAGCUUGAAGUCUUUGCUCCAAUCACUCUUGUGUCUGAAGAUGGUAACCAUCUCUGUGAGCCAAUCAGAGUUCCCGGAGUACCAACUGUCUUUGAAAGAGCGGAUGUUCUCGACAAAAUCAAGGACGGAGUUAAAAUCCCAAAUUGCACCGAGGAGCCGUUGCGGGAAUGUUCACUGCAGAGAGCCGCUGACGUUGAGAAGAUUCUUCUCAGCGUGCCUCGGCAUGUCAGGACAUAUCCCCUUUGGAUUCAUCAUGACAAGGUGUCUGGUCACAACUUUCAGGUCAAAAUUGAGUGGACUUUCGGAAGUAUGGUGGAAGGACUCAAAUCUUUCCCUUGUCUCAAUGUUAUGCCACCUCUACAGCUGAAGGAUCUAGGAACAACACGGAGUUCCCUCGUUAUGCUGAGUGAAGACAACCUUGGGAUUUAUCUGUACAAGGACAAAGGAUCCCCAGAUAUGAUCAAAGUGCGCGAUUGUCUUGAUGGAAAAGUAAAAACAGUGGAUCUGAAUGUUUUGGCCGCCAAGACUGGUGACCACAGAGAUGAUGAAACAUUCAUCACAACAAGGAUUCCAAAAGAAGCAAUACUGGUACUGAUGGACACCAGUUCCUCCAUGGAAGAAGAGUGCUAUGAAAAUGCAGAAAUAAAGAAAAUCAAUGCUGUGAAAGAGCUCUUUGACAACUUUGCCACCAGAACCAUGGCUUAUGAUUUCCAUCAUGUCAUUAGUCUUGUGAAGUUUGAUUCCUUUGUGACGACCCUCUGUACAUUUACUGAAAAUCUGGAAACGUUCAAGAAACAUUUGCGUGACUUGAAGGCAAGUGGAUGUACUCUUCUGUACGACGCACUACGACGAGGAGCUCGUGAGCUUGAAAAAGUCAAGGAGAGAUUCCCAGAUUGUAGACUUCGCCUCAUAUGCCUCACAGAUGGAAACGACUCUGGAUCCCUGACAGAACCAGUAGCUGUGACAGUGAAACUGCUCAAAUCAGACAUCAUUGUUGAUUCGAUCCUCCUUGGAUAUGUGGAGAACAGCAUGCUGCACGGGAUCAGCAAUGCAACAGGUGGUUGUUGUUUCAAGCCACAGACGACCAAAGAUGGCCUGAAACUGUUUGAAAUCGAGACAGUUCUGUCUUUGGAGCAAAGAAAACCCAAAACAAAACUUGAUACAUCUUCUGUCUCGGAGUCCAGUUUAAUGGGCCUUUUUGCUGCUCAUGGGUAUGAUGAAUACCCAGAGACAUUCUUGCCAAGUCAGAUAAAUGAAAGGGUGACCCUUACUGAAAGUGCCCUCAAAAAGAAGAUUUGUGAGUCAAAGGAUGGACGAUUCAUGGAAAAGGAUAAACGAAUCUUGGAGGAACUCAAAAGUCUGCAUUGUGACCCACAUCCCUUCUUCAGAGUCUUUCCGCUAGAGUCUGAUUUCACAUUCUGGAGGAUUCUCAUGCAGGGCCCUCCAGACACACCAUACGAGACGGGCGUGUUUGAGCUGUACUGCCAGUUUGGACCCAACUACCCAGUGAAGCCUCCAGUCCUUCGUUUUGUUACACACGUGUAUCACUGCAACGUCAACAGUGUGGGUCGGAUCUGCCACAACAUAUUCGACCGCAACUACAAUGCACACAUCACAAUGAAAGAGAUUUUUGAUGCUGUGUACGGACUGCUCAUCGUUCCUGAGCCUGAUGAUCCUCUGGAUAGUAUUUUGGCUGAAGAAUUCUUGACGAGCCGGGAGAUGUACGAACAAGAAGCCAAAAAGCACACAGAGGAACACGCAGGGAAGUCUCUGGAUAACAUGGAGAAGAAACUUAUGGAUCCUGUGCCACAGUUUGUACCCCAACACCUGCUCUGUCCUCUGACCAAGAAGGUGUUUGUUGAUCCUGUGAGAACAGUUUAUGGAACUGUGUAUGAGCGCAAAGCCAUCGAGGAACACCUUAAACAACACAAAUACGAUCCGCUGGCUGGUCCAGGACACGAACUUGAAAUGAGUGACCUAAUAUCAGACUGGAACAUGAAGAAAAGGGUGAUUGAUUACCGAUCCCGACAAAUUCAGUGAAUCUGCUUGGGGACAUCCUUAAUUUCCAACAUCCACAGUGACUUUUAAGAUGGCAUUAGUUAUAAAGUAGCUUGGAUGAAUGGUGGUUGAUCCAAGUUAACAUGUUUUGUUUUUGCCUGUUUAACUUUCUUUGUUCUCAUCUGUGUGGAAUUAAUCUCUUACUAACCAAAUAAGUUUGUGUUUUUUUUAAGGCUGUGUGAGUUUGUAUAGUAUUUGGAAUUCAGUUAGAGAUCUUGUUGAAAACGAAUUGAUUUCUCAUUUCACAUUCUCUUAUUUGUACAUUGUGGUAAGAAACUACAAGCCUUAGAAUUAGAAUCUGGUUUUAUUGUUCUUAUUUGCCUUUUUGGGGAAACAGAAUUUGAAGUAUUUGUUUUACUUGGUUUCAGAAUAAAGCAAAAGUGUUAAUGUUU